AUUCAUUUAAAUCUAACAACAAUGGAGAGCAUAUCAAAGAUGCAACGCGAGAAUGGUUAUACGAAGGAGGCCACACUGCAGAAUAUGGCCAAACGUGAGCUGGCCAAUGGCCUCGACAAGGAUCCAAUUUACAAAUUGCGACUGCAGUGCUUCAGCCGUGGCGCCACUGGCAUCUUGGGCUUGUCCAGAGCCUUUCGUGUGAUGGAUGAUGAUGGCAGCCAGACGCUCAGUCCCGAGGAGUUCAAAAAGGGAAUCUCAGAUGUGGGACUGGAUGUGACCGACUCGGAAGUUGCCGAAAUGUUUGCGCGCUUUGAUGCCGAUGGCAGUGGCAACAUUAAUAUGACUGAAUUUUUGGACAAAUUGCGCCCACCCAUGAACGAGAGUCGCUUGAACAUUAUUGAAAAAGCCUUCGACAAAAUGGAUGUCAAUGAGGAUGGCCAAAUAACCGAAUCGGAUCUCACGAAUCUCUACUCGGUGAAGGAUCAUCCCAAGUACUUGAGCGGCGAGAUGACCAAAUCGGAGAUUCUGCGCGAGUUCCUGAAGAACUUUGAGGCUGGCGCCCCGAAUCCCGAUGGCGUGGUCACCAAGGAGGAAUUUAUCAACUAUUACUCCACCAUCAGCGCCUCGAUUGACAAUGAUGCGUACUUCGAUUUGGUCAUGCGACGUGCCUACAAUCUAUAAAAGAACAGAAGCCAGCCAUUUGGGAAACAUUUAACCAAAAAUCCAGUCCAAUGUUUGAAAUUUUAAUGUACUCUUAAAGUUAAUCUCUACACACACACACACACACACUCAGUCCGUGCUUUAGUCGUAAACAUUUCCAUGUCAGACGCCUCCCCCCAUGGCCGUACUCUCUACAUUGUUCCUCGCGCAGUUUUUGGUCCAAAUAAUGCGCUAUAAUAAUUUAUUAAAUUAAAGCCGCGUGCUAAUUAGCAUAAAACUAAUUAGAUUACUUGUA